UCGACUUCCAUCCUGUUCUACACUUGCCUGUACUUAUACGGUUCCUGUCCCAAUAACAUUCAUCUUCCCCACUUCAGUACUCUGCUUGAAUACCCUCAGUAUCUAACCGCAACUCUACCGGUGACAUGACGUCCCCAGUGAAGCUCUACGUCUACGAUCUCAGCAACGGUCUCGCGAAGCAGCUCUCCCUCCAGCUUACAGGGAAGCAAAUAGACGGGAUAUGGCAUACCUCUGUCGUUGUGUUCGGCAAGGAGAUAUUUUACGGACAAGGCAUCAGCAUCACACAGCCAGGCCGAUCGCAUCAUGGACAACCGCUAGAGGUGAUAGACAUGGGCGAGACGGCUAUAGAUGAGGAAACCUUCAAUGAAUACCUUGAGGAGAUGAGGCAGCAUUACACGGCGGAUAAGUAUCAUCUCCUAGACUUCAACUGCAACUCGUUCACCAACGAUGUGAUUGGCUUCCUCACUGGAGGGUCGAUACCAGAGCGCAUUAAGGAUCUCCCCAGUGAUUUCCUCUCCACCCCCUUCGGCGCUGCCCUCCGCCCGACCAUAGACAAUAUGUAUCGCCGCCCUACUCCCGGCGCACCCACCGCACCUGCUCCCGCACCAUCCGCCGACUUCGCCUCUAACCCCGCUCUUGCAUCCUCGAUCUUGCAAGCAGUUGCUUCGCAGGCUGCCGGGGGCGCAGGCUCCUCCACCCAACCCUCCCAACAACCCCUGCACGCCACUGACAACCUCACUGCACCCAUCCACCCCUGCACCAACCCCGCUUCCUUCCACAACCUCCUCAAGACGCACCGGGCGGUCGUCGCGGACUUCACGGACCAGUACUGUGGCCCGUGCCGCGCGAUUGCGCCCGAGUUCGAGCGGCUGGCGGAGGAGAAGGGGGUACGGGCGGGGCAUAGUGGGCGCGGGGCGGCGUUCACGUCGAUCGAUAUCAGGGUGGGGCAGGGUCAGGCGUUGGCGGCAGAGUAUGGAAUCAGGGCUACACCGACGUUCUUGUUCUUCCUAGACGGGAAGAAGAUUAGUGAAGUGAAGGGCGCCAACGCGGCCGCACUGCGCUCGGAAGUCGACCUUCUGCUGUACCAGGCGUAUCCGCCCCAUCCACACACCAAGCUUGACCUUCCCGCGAUACAGAAGCUAUCCCUGGAACCUAUCCUCUUCAAGCAGGUGCCUGCGCUCGAGACAGUGCUCGCCAAGCUGUCCUCCGUUGUCACGACUAUCACCUGGCCCGCCGACGCACCAAUGACCAUGGCGCAGGUCACACAGGCCCUCGGCACUAUGCUCAUCUACCUCAAGCAGCGGCAGCCCAACGGCGCCGCGUCGCAUGUCACCGCGCAACCCGCUGCUCUGACCGCCUGGACGUCAGCCACCUCGACGCUUACCUCCAUCCUCCCCGCGGAAGCACUCUUCCCGCUCGCUGACCUCUGGCGCCUGGUCAUUCUCGACCCGUCCGCCGGCACCUGGUGCGCCAGCGCCAUCGCCUCGCGCGCCCCCGAUCCCAUCACCACCCUCCUCCGCGCGCACCAAAAAGACCCGGGCGCGCGCAACCUGCUCCUCACUACACUCCGACUCCUCGCGAACGCGUUUGCGCAUCCGACACUGGGGCGCUCGCUCGUGUCGGGCGCGACGCGUGCGGAGUUCACCGCGGUGCUAGUGCCCGCGCUGCUGCACGAGCACGCGGGGGUGCGCACGGCGGCGGCGAGCGUGGCGUUCAAUGCCGCGGGGGCGCUGCAGCGGGCGAGGGUGGAGAGCGUGAGGUCGGGUGGGGGAGGGUAUGCGGACGGGGAGGAUGAGGAUUGGGAGAUUGAGAUGGUGAGUGCGGUGGUGGAGGCGCUGGAUAAGGAGAGGGCGUCGGAGGAUGUUGUUCACCGUUUGACCGCGUGUCUGGCCUUCUUGCUGAGGCUGUCGCCGUUCUACGAUACGCAGGUGGUGCCGCUGCUGGAGGUGCUGCAGGCGAAGAGUAUUCUGCUGGGCAAGCUGGAGAAGGGCGGGUGUGGGGAGAAUGGGGUGUCGAAGUCGGAGGUCAGGAACUUGGUCGAGGAGGUGGCGCAGAAACUGUGUCCGGCGUAGAUGUAUGUAUAUGCGCGAACUGAUUAUUGCUAUGUAUGUUUGGGG